AUGGAAGACUGGAGAAGAAUCGACAUUGAUGCCUUAGAAGCAGAUAACUUCUUGACUAAAGAAGAACUUGUGCCAUCAAUUGAUAGCAAUUUGUCCUUACAAGAUAUUUCAAACAUAAUAAAUGAAUGUAGAAACUACUUAACCAAAGGGAAAUUCUUAGAGUCUUUACAAUUAGGUUUAGAUAAUCCUCCAUACCUUUUCGAUCAAUCAGUCAAAGAUCAAUACAAUGAGUUGAUGUUUGAAGUAUUAUGUUCAAUCAAAAACAAUAAUAACGAUGUUUCACCUAUCAUCAAGAAUUUAAGUACUAAACAACAAGAUGUAUUGAUCAAAUAUUUAUAUAAGAUCAUGAACACAAGCUAUGGAUCCAAACAAGGAGGAUUGAUGUUAGUUUGGUUUGAAAAAACCAUUGAAAUCACCGGUUUGGGACCAAUUAUAAGAUUUAUGAGUGAUAGACGUACUGUUUAA